UGUGAGAGAAGCGCGGGGGGUCGCGGGGGAUGCAAUGCAUUUCAGUGGCGUUUAUGCCAAUACUUAUUGCGUCUGCUCUAGUUAACUUCAGACAAAUUUGCCUUUAGGAUCGAUAAUUCCGACCGACACCCACCACACACACCCACAUAAACGCGAAUCUCUUCCUCCUUCAAAUUAAACCGAUGAAUUACUCGCGACGGGUGGCCGCUUGGUUGAGUUCUCUACCUGUGAAUGUAGUUCAAAUAAUAUGUGGCCGCUUCGGUAAGUUGGAGAUGAUAUCCUUCUGGUUGCUCUGUUGGAGGCUGCUGGUAGGUACCAGAUAUUUUAUGCUAUCCACGUAUGCUGUAUCUUUUCGCCACGGCCAGCUUGUUUUGAUUGGCAGCAUGCUCAAGGCUUGGAUGGGUACAUAAAUCACAUGGAUUUUGCUCGGCUACGGCAAGUGAGUUUAUCUGUCACCAUUCUGGGCAUUUGCUGGUCGGUGCAUGUCUAUUUGCUAUCUACAUCACCCUGCAGAAUAGUGGAAAUGUCUGUAAUUUGCGCAGUGGGCAUUUUGCGCGUGACUAUUUUAUCUGUCGUCCAAAAUGUCCUUGGUCCUCAGCCAUAUGACAGGUGGUUUGCCUUUAUAAUAAUAUGCCAUUUAGCAGACGCUUUUAUCCAAAGCGACUUACAGUCAUGUGUGCAUACAUUUUUACAUAUGGGUGGUCCCUGGGAUCGAACCCACUAUCCUGGCGUUACAAGCGCCAUGCUCUACCAAUUGAGCUACAGAGGACCACAUCUUUAUGAAAGAAAAGUGUCACUUUAAAUUAAGGCAUUUUUCACAUUAUCAGCAAAGCAAUUCAUUCUCAUAAACAUAUUUGCUCUCUGAGAUUACCUAUAAUUGUAUUUUCACAUUCUGGCUCCUUUUCCCAUUGGUUGGGUAUCCUGGGAAAAUUGUGAACAGGUUAUUCAGAGUACAUCACGCAACCAUUGAUGCAACAAGGGAAGGGGUGUGAGGGACUCUCCUCAUACUCAAAAAUCAAGUCAUCUUUCAGUUGUAUUUUCUACCUCCCACAUAACAGAACUGAGGGAUUUCAUCCUGCUGUAACCAGCUGUUGAUAUAAUCAUUGCGUCUGCAGAUGAUCAAAGCAGUAAAGCUAUCUUGGCUGUGCAGACAGCAGACUUCAUUUUGCAAUGAUUGAGUAGAAAACAGAACACAUUACCUGUAGGAUGUGCUGGUCCAUCUGCCUACAGCAGACCACGUGGUCAUGAUAUAACAGUACACAUGGACAACACAAAGAUACAUGGCCAUGUAGGUGAAAUUAGUUGCUGAUAGCCUGGCAGGUGAAUCCAUCCCUAGUUAAUUUGACCUUCUGCAAAGCACUCAAAUAUAUUUUCAAAGUGUACUGUACAUGUAAACAUUCAUAAUGCUAUUCAGUAAAAUAUUUCUUUAUGUGUGUGUAAAGUAAAGCUUCCCACUGGGCACAACCUGGUUGAAUCAAUGUUUUUUCAACGUAAUUUGUCAAGGUAUUGUGAUGUGGAAUCUAAAUGAAAAAUACAUUGGUUUGCAAAAAGUCAUCAAAACUAUUGUUUUGAGGGUAAAAUUUCAACCACAGAAUUAUGUCAUCAUGGUAACCAAUUUUCAACAUAGACAAACCUAUGUUUAGUUUGUACCUUUGAAACAAUGUCAGAUCUUCAAUGUUAAAUCCACUAUCAGAAAAAACAACUAUAGGCCUAGCAGCACCUCCUACUGGAGAGUAGAUGUAUCUACAGUGAUGCAUUUGGUCUCCCAUCCAGGGGUUUAACCAAGCCCAGCCCAGCUUUGAUAUUUGUCACUAACUACUACCAAUGUACUACCGUGAGAAUGAUUAUUUAGAGAUUUCUUAAUAACUAAAUAUAUUCACUAUUGCUAUCGAAGUCAUUCCAAAGGGUAGGGUUAACAGUGCAAAUGAAAUGUAACCAUACUGUAUAAGCAUUUGCGAAGAAAUCAACAUCUAUUGUUACAAUUCAGCCCAGGGUUCAACUAAAAAUAGACAAUACAUAUAUCCCUAGGGUUUCAAGCUUUAGUUGAUGUCAAAUUUAAUCUUCAAGUUAAUAAUAAAUAUGUUGGAUUCACAUCUCCAUUUCAACCAGAAAAUCUAAGUUAAAGAACAGGACUAAAUCAAAUCAAACUUUAUUUAAAGUGCAUUUAAAGUUUGAUUUGAUAUAGUCCUAUUUUUUUACUUCGAUUUUUGGUUGCGAUGGAGACGUGAAUAAAACAAAUAAAUGAUUAAUUUGUAGACAAACUGGAAUUAAAGUCAGACUAAGCCAGUGGCAUAAAAUAUAUAUCUCCAUCAAAUGUUGAUAUUUGGUUGCGUUGACAACCAAACACAAUUCAAUCUCACUUUUGCAAUAAAGUAAAUAGCCUAUUAACUUGUCUACAAGUUAACACAUUAUAUGUUGGAUUCACAUUUCCAACUAAACCAAAAAAUAAAAGUUAAAGAAUAGGAUUAAGCCAGUGGCUCAGAUGAAACUAUCCAAGCAUUAGAUACAUCUCCUUUAAAAUGUUGAUAUUUGUUUGUGUUGUCAACCUAACACAAUUCAAUAUGACUUUCGUAAUACAGGAAAUAGCCUAAAGUUAAGGCUAUGUAACAGUUUUUAUUCAACCUUAAAAUGAGCAACUCAUACAUGGCCACAUUUUGAGGUUACUAUAACUCUAAAAGUCUUAUUAUGUAAUCAUAGAAAGUGUGCAUGUUCAAGAUAGCAUGCAAAGGUAGCAGGUCUGUGGAGAUCUUCACAAUAUAAAUAUCUGUGCAGAUACUUUAACAGAUAUUGUAAUAUAAUCUAAACUACAAUCCAGGUCAUUUGGUAGUGCUAUUAGAUAUAGCACAGUGAUAAAAAAAAUUAAAUUAAAAAUAUGCCAUUUAGCAGACGCUUUUAUCCAAAGCGACUUACAGUCAUGCGUGCAUACAUUUUUUGUGUAUGGGUGGUCCCAGGGAUCGAACCCACUACCUUGGCGUUACAAGCGCCGUGCUCUACCAGCGCCGUGCUCUACCAGCUGAGCUACAGAGGACCACGAUAACACAUUAAGUUGUUGUAUAAAUACAAAAUAUCUGACAUUGUAUUCCCAUUUUAACUUUGUUGUGUUUUUAAAUGGUUGAAAGUGAAGUGAUAACACAUUGGGAAUUCAACAAACUUAUAGCUGGGUUAAUAAAGGUUGAGAUCUCAUUGAUCAACGUCUCAACCAAAAAUUAGCCACAUUUCUAUGUUGAAAUCACGUGGUGUGCCCAGUGGGUUAGGCUAUGCUACUUUUUAACACAUGUCCCUGCUGUAUCAUUCAAGAUAAAUCUGGUCCAUCUGGCAGAUCUAGCCAUUACUGGUAUUGCAGAGAGCUUACUGUACAUUUAAUACUGCUCUAUGUACAUUAAAUAUGACCCAGAGGAUAAAAAAUAUGAAAAGGCAUCUCUCUUACAAGCUGCUCCCAGGAGGGCUUGGAUUUUCAUAUCAGCAAGUUUCUAGGCAACCGUUCCAAAGCUAUAUUUAUACCAUAUACAGUACAGCAUGUUUGCUAAGAGAUUCACACCAAGUGGACUUGAUCUCCAGCCAGAAAGCAGUCAGAAACACCAGUAAGAUGGGAGGAAUAGUUUGUAUGGUGGUGCACUGGAGAAGUAAAACUACUACAAGUUAAGCGCUUCCCAUUGGAAACUAUACAAAGAAACCACUCCAACCAUCGGCUUUAGGAUUGACACACCAUUAUGGAUGAAUGACCAGUACAGCUUGAAUUCAGGUCUUAGUACAGUGUUGUGGAUGGAGGCUGGGUUGGAUGCCCUGAGGGCUCGAAUGUACUGAUUCCCUGUACUGCAGUACCAGGACCCAAUGUUCAAACGCUAUGGGGACACAACCGAAAUGGCGGAGGCGAGGUAUUUCAUCCUUACAUAAUGGAUCCAAUUUGUUCUUUCAGAUGGGUUUAUUCUGUUCUCUGCCCAAUGCCAUUGUCACAGUACGCAGUGCCAUAUGUGCGCAAACAAACAAACAAACACACACAAACAUGUGCAACGCUUUCAUUAUGUUUUUGUUUAUCUUCAGAUAAAGCAACUGUCGAUUCUUUGCAGAUAUGUGGUCUCCAAGCUUUCAAACAACUUAGGCAAUAAGCACACUAUGCAGCUUGACUUGAAAAAUAAGUGCUGUCCAACUGGUGGACAGUAGCCUAUGCCAACUCCAAUGGUGUGAAUUAGCAGUGUUGUUGUGUGGGUGUAUUCACUAUGCAAUACAUGUUGUCUUAGCAAUAGCUAGGUAUGUUGAUUAGGGAUAUUGUGUGGGGUGUUUGUGUGCAGGCUGAUUUGCACACAUCCCCUAAUCAAGAAGUCAGUUUUAAUCACAUGUAAACUGUUAUUAAGGGUCACAGAAAAUGGUCUGGUCACCAUAUUUCAUGCAUACAUGUACUGCAUGUAGACAGCUUGCAUCUCUUGCAUGAAAACCUCAUCCAAAUGUUCAUCUAAAGACACAUACAGUAUGUAUGAGAACAAGCCCAUCUCCCUUCACCUAGACAUAAAAAUGUAUGUAUGUUAGCAGCGUGUUCUUUUUGACAUCCACGUGUUAUCCCUGGCAGAAUCACAUGCUUGGCUGUGAAACGAUCGAAAUCAUGCUAAUUCUCACCCACUUACAGCGAUGCCAUGCUCGGUUUGAAGCAUGUCUCAUGGUGUUUUAUGCUUUCAAAAGAUUUCCUCCCACCCUCUGGGAGUACCAGAGUGAAGAUGGCGUUUUGAUGAAAUGAAAGUGGCGUGGUGAAGCCCUUGUGUGUCUGCUAAAUGACUAAAAUGUAAAUGUUAAUAUCAAAGAGAACCAAAAUGAUAACCAGUUACUGUGGUGGGUGUUAAAAGGAUAACAUUAUACCACCUAUAAGGAAAAACUAUAUAUUUUUACAUGGAACUGAGGGUACUGGCUGGUAUAGGUGUUUCUUAAUUUGAGAUUCAAUAUCUAAGGAAUUCCACUCGCCACCACACUUCAUCAAAACUGCCAUCGAAGAAAGACAAACAUAGAAAUACAUCAUACCAAGACAGUUUCAGUAGGCUAUCCAUUGAUCUAUUCAGAAUACAUCAUACCAAGACAGUUUCAGUAGGCUAUCCAUUGAUCUAUUCAGAAUACAUCAUACCAAGACAGGUUCAGUAGGAUAUCCAUUGAUCUAUUCAGAAUACAUCAUACCAAGACAGGUUCAGUAGGCUAUCCAUUGAUCUAUUCAGAAUACAUCAUACCAAGACAGGUUCAGUAGGAUAUCCAUUGAUCUAUUCAGAAUACAUCAUACCAAGACAGGUUCAGUAGGAUAUCCAUUGAUCUAUUCAGAAUACAUCAUACCAAGACAGGUUCAGUAGGCUAUCCAUUGAUCUAUUCAGAAUACAUCAUACCAAGACAGGUUCAGUAGGCUAUCCGUUGAUCUAUUCAGAUUCGUUAUUUUUUCUCUCCCCCUUAUUCUCCCCUUAACGUGUUUUAUUUGACUUCCAUAGAGAGCCACAGCUGGAGUGAAGAGGAUAAAGGGGAAUGAAGUGAGAGAGAGCUGCAGUGCCAGCAACACUCCACAAGAGAAACAACAAGAACAAGAAUCCCACUCUGGGGCCGUAGCCAUGGAGACCAGCCAGCUUUCAGAGAUGGAUGACCGAACAGACAAUAAAAUGGAUUCUGGGGAAACGGAGGACCAGAGACGCCUGCUUAGCGAGAGCGAGGAAGAAUGUGACCAAGAACCUUUCGCAGAAUACAGAGGAACAAAAGAGAACAUAAAAACGUCAGUGGAUGAACCAGACGAGGAUAAUGAAAGUGGAGAUGGAAACAGAGAGGAGGGGAUUCUCAACUUUGGGACAGGACAAGAUGACUUCAGUCUAACAGAGUUACUCAACUCCUCAAGUAUAUUUGGAAGUGAACCCAUUUGUAAGGUGGAAGACCUGCUUGCAGAAGAUGACAUGGACAACUCUGCUCCAUCAGAAAUGACGGUGACACAAGAGUCCAUCUUGGAGCAGCUUAUCCGAGAGGAGGUCUCCUCCGACGUCUCAACGGGGUCCUGUCACGACCUUGACCGAGACGACCUGAGUGACUGUCUCCAGGUAGAAAUGGCCAUUGUGUCAUCUGACAGCGAGACUGACGAACAAUGGAGGUCCACUUUUGCAUCUACAGUCAACAAGGAGGAAGGGUGUGACGGAAAUGCUCAAGAUGCUCUCGAGAAGGACAGAGCCGCAGGGGAGGCAGAGAAUGGGGCCAAGGAUGAAACUGCGGAUAGUCCUCACAAGCUUGAACAACCCGAUUGCCCCACAGAAUGCGAGAUCCAAGACCAAGAUAUGUCCUCUGGCCAGUUCCAGGGCUUAUCAGAGAUUCCAGAGGAUGAGGAAGAGGCCAGCCAAGGUGGGACUUGCAAAGUACGUCGUUCUACAUCUGCAAGCUCUUCUGCAAGCUCUGACCCUGACAAGAAGGUUCCUCAAGACUACUGUGUGAUACAAGAAAUGACGAGCAAGAACGUUAGUACAGAGCAUGUGGACUUCCAGGGGGCUCGGAAGCAGUGGCGCCAAAUGGAGGAGCAGACCAAAGGACAGGUCCAGGUCCACCACCCCACUGUCAGACAGCAGGGGACGUGCCAGGGAGGCCACAGCGCCAUGUACACACCCGUCAGGAACAUCGACCGACCCAGGAGGGACCCCGAACUCGACAGCCUCGCCCUGGGCGACUUUCAUCACACCCAGUUCAGCCCAUGUUCAGAAGACUCAGGUCUGGAUGACCUCAGCUACAGGUCCCCUUACGAGGACUCAGACAACCCUGUCGAAAGGGAGAUACGACAGACCAUAGAGCGUGAGGAAAACUUCAGGCGGGAGAGAGGGAUCGCGAAACAGGGUCAAGCUGGAGAAUCAUCUGCGCAUCCCAGACCAACUACUCUCUACCCCGGCAAGUACGGGAAAGGUUUUUGCCAGGAGGUGGAGGAGAAACGGAAGAUGUUUGACUCUAGUGAUCCCGGAUGCAGGCCAUUGAGGUCUCCCGACGCAAAAAACCCAACCUUCUCCAUAGCCACCUCCCCCUCACCCACACCGAGGGGUGCGACCUACCACGAGAUGACCGCCCAAAACGUGAUCAUCCUGGAGCCAGACUCCUACCCCACCAGCCCAAGGCACCGCACCCGAGGAUCCCUGCUCUCCCCGGGUCCCAGCCGUUACAGCGAGUGGCCUUUGGAGACGUCAGCCAACGUCAUCAUUCUGGAGACGUCCAACCUGAUCAUCCGGAGCGCCUCAGAGUUCUGCCUGAGUUCUGCCUCCUGCCAGGAGACCCAGGAGAGCACAUUUGUCAACAACCCCUUCUUCAAGCUGCGCUCGCGGAGCUCCAUGUCCCUGGUGGACCAGGAGAUUAAGAUGGUGAAGCAGAGGGAGGAGGAGUGGAGGAGGCAGAGGAGCCAGAUGCACACCAGGGAGAAGUAUGACACUGUCGUGGUGUCCCCCAACCUGGAGAACCUGAGCUUUGAUACAGCAGGUAUGUGCUGAUGACUGAUGAAGAGCACAGUUAAUAUGGGAAAGAGUUUGUGGUUUGUAGCUGUGUUAUGUUUUCAUUGCAUCACUAGUGGUCACCACUAGUCCAAAUUCAUGAUGUCUCUAAUCAUAUGAAUGUAUGAGCAUUAAUGGUUUCUCUCUCUUCUUCAGAAGUGCCACUGAAAUGUGUGUCUUCCCCUUCAUCACCAUCAAGGACUCGAAAGCUGGACCGCUCUGCCCUGUCAUGUGACCAUAGGGUAUGCCCUAUCUUCUCCAAUAACAAUUAAUCAACGAACAGAUGCUAGCCUAGUCACCUGAUCAAAUGUUUGUGCUUUAGUCAACUCCCCUGUGGUGUUCGUUGUCAUCCGAUUGCCUCACUGAAUGUAAUCUGAAUGCCUCACUAAAUAACAAUUGCAUGUGUUCAUGUUUAAUUGUGUUCAUUACAUUUUCUGAAACAGUUUUUUCAUUACAAACCAUUUUAAACACCAUCCAUUUUCACCUUGAAACUGGAAACUGCAUGCAGUUUUACAGGUGAAACUCUUUCCCCCAGUUCCCAGAAUCACUCUCCACAGGACCAAGGAAAAAGAACGCCAUGGCUCAGAGAUGGGAGGCAAGACUACUUGUCAACCAUGAACAAGAGUGA